GCAUCUUUCUCAAGUGAAGAGUGGCCUUUCAUUCCAAAAUUUUACUCUUUAACAAAAAUGUCUCCAAUACCUUACCGAGUCACUAGAACUAUCACCCUGGAUCGACACUGGAAGAAGAUAAAAAAUGAGCCCGAGUAGAGAAGUGGUCACGGGCAUCGAGUCGGGUUCAUCAACGCUCAGAAUCACGUUCCCGGUUUGGCUCACGGGUGAUGAGCGUGAAGACGACUCCGAUCCAAGCGAAGACAUUGACGUAGAGGAAGCAGCGGAGAAAUAUCACGAGCUCCAGGAACAAGCUGAGAAAGGGAAACUCGUCAAUCUCAGAGAUGUCAUCAAUGCUCAAGAAGAUUUGCAUUUGCGGAGACUAGAUAUUCAUUCUGAGGGAUGGAGAUAUGACUUGAAUGUGCGUGAGAGUUACAUCAAGAACGAGGAAGAAUGGCUCGCAAACGUCAACAGAGACAGAAAGAGAAGGAGCCAAGAAGAGAAAAGAGGGGGGAAAGGAAAAUCCUGAGGAUGAUCAAACAAGCAAGUACUUGUGUGCGCCGGCAACGAUGAUUCAGAAGGCUCUUUUGCCGGCACUCUAACAUUGGGGAUAGGGGAAGGUAAAGAUUGCUUUGGGCUUUAGGUUUGAUAUUUUACGUUUGGCUUACGCAGUAAACAAAAACUUUCGGUCAAGCUAUUCACACCCCGCUGGGAACUAGGCGGUAUCGUGGGACUUGGGACAAAAUUGCUGAUUGGGGAGAGUUCCUUGCUAUCUGGACUCAUGAGCUAAGUGCUCAGAAAGGAAAACUCUUGCUCAAAGUAUGUCAGAACACGGGAAGUGGAGAUAAUAAGUAUUCUUAUACCUUCACUUUUUGUUAUUGGUGGAUUUCGAGCCGUCGUAUUCGUGUUGCAAGGUCGCUUUGUACGGGGUGAUCUAAG